CUUGAAGGUACCCAGUCGCUGAUUUCCUCUGCCGCAGAUGCCGUCCAGUAACACGAGCUCGGUCGGGUCGGCGACGAGCAAGACGUCGAACACUCAGUGGGGCAAGCCGCCGCUGCCGCCCGCCAUGCGCCAGCCGCGCCUCUCGCUCUCGCCGGACGAGUCGUUCGACUACAUUGAGAAGGCGAAGCGCACGUGCCACAAGACCAUCAUGAACGCGCUCGCGAUGGACAACCUCCCGGUCGACCGCGUCAUCUCGAGCGCCAAGACGCUGCGCUGCGCCAAGAUCCGCAAGAACCAGGACCUUUUCGAGCCGCAUUUUGACGCGACGUGCGGCUACACGCGGAUCCAAAUCACGCUCGCCGAGGUCGCGCACUUUUUUGCCCUCACGUCGCCCGAGAAGCUGGCGGCGUACGCGGGCGUGUACGAGCAAGCCGCGCUCUGCCGCGAGACGCUCGCGACGCUCGUGCCCCGGACGCCCGAGCACCCGCUGCACUACAUUGGCAUCGAAUGGAUGCUCGUGGACCGGGGCACCGACGUGCACAGCCUGUGUCUUCUCGAAUGCCAUGACGAGUUCGAGUACCUCACCGAACACGACGGCUCGAUGCGAAAAGGCUGGGUCUGCAGUCUCCACUCGGUCGACCCGCGGGGCCUCGUCGACCCGCGCGGACCCAACGCGCCGCAGCUGCCGCGGGACCUCGUGUUUCGCUCGGGCCACGUGUUUAUCGAAACCGAGAUCGUCGGUACGAUGGACUACUACUGCCUCGCAAUCUCGCAAAUCGCCAACGUCUCCAAGUCCAAGAACCAAAAGCUCAUGCAGCACUACGUCAGCCGCGUGCUGAGCCUCGAAGAAUACUUCUACCCGAUGCGCCUCGAGCAGUACCUCGUCGACGGCGGCACCGUGCACGCCGAGCUCGAGCCGAAGCGCAACGUGACGUUUUGCUCGAUCUGCGACACGAAAUUCUCGCUCUUUGUGCAGAAAAAACACUGUCGGCUCUGCGGCAAAGUCAUUUGCCACGACUGCAGCGUCAAGUGGAUGACGGCGCCGAUCCUCGAGAAGCUCGAGAAGAUCCGCGUCUGCGUCAACUGCCUCAACGGCCUCGGUUACACGCCGCUCGCCAAUACGCCGGUCGUCGCUGCGCGGGCACCGAGCACCAAGGUGACACUACAACGACUCCACUCGGAGACCCCACUCCUCGAGACGCGCAAGGAAGGCUCGUUUGUGUUCCCCAACACGCGCGACUCGGUGCUCGAGUGGAGCAGCACGGCGUGUCGGUCGUCGCUCUUGCAUGAGACCGACACGAUCUCGCUCUCGUUUUUGAAUGAGAGCCUCGUGCAGCCGCCACCCGAGACCCAACUGAACGACGACGCCUUUGUCUCGCUCGACCCGAGCGCCGAGUACGACACCAUGUGCUCGACGCUCGCCAUCACGACGCAGUGCGCGGUGGCGACCAUUAGUGUCCUGGAGGCCGGCGCCUUGCGACGCAUCGGGGCGUCUGGCCUCCCGACACCCAACGCGAUCGACGACGGCUUGUCCUCGGCCGCCCUCGACUCGGCGCAGCUCUACAUUUGCCCCGACUUGCUGCCGACGGCGUCGCCACCGUACCGGUUCUACGCAGCGAUGCGGCUCCAGCUGAGCGGCGGCAAGAUCGCGGGUCUCGUCGAGCUCUACGAUCGCAGCGCGCGCCACGGCAACGUCUCGGGUCUUGUCGAGCAGCUCCAGGCGGUCACCAAAGUGCUCUUGAAGCGACUUGAGGCGCCAAAACCUCUCCGCCCCGAGGCACCCAAGUCCCCGGCGUCGCAGAAGCCACCACGACGCCUUGCGACAUCCGAAGUUGAAGCCGCGGCCGUCUUUGAGUGUGCGUCGCCGCCCAACUCGCGUGCGUCGUCGAUCGUCGAGCAGCCAAACGAAGAAGAAGACGAAGACAUGCCGAUGCUGGCGGCGCCCGAGUCUGCAAAACGAACGUCGUCGACAAGCAAGAAGACGCCGACGACGAAGAAGGACGAGCCAUUGCCGCUGCCCGAGCUUCUCUCAAAGUUGGAGGAGCUUGAGGUGACCGCGCGCCAGCAGCGAGCCCUCUCAACCGCCAUGGACUCGCACCACCACCAGAUCUCGUCGCUCAUUGGGAAGAUCCAGAAGAUGGAAGAGCACCUCACGGCCAAGGAGCCGUAGACGCGCGCCAUGUAUUUAAUAGCAAGCGAAAGACGCUUCUCGAACACUA